AUGGCACAUGACUUUUAUGUGACCUAUGCAAAGAAAGCUGGAUUUGCAACUAAGAUAAGGACGACAACAUUUGACAAGAUCACAAAGGCUCCCAUUAAUCAAGCUAUACACUGUAAUCGCGACGGGAUCCGUGAGUCUCGUGUUAAAGCACCAACGCGGAAGAAUACGAUUUCAGCUGCUGGGUGCAAGGCAAGGAUAUAUGUAAAGUUUGAUAAAGCCGUGCAAGACUGGGUUUUGUUCAAGGUUGACUUGACGCACUCACACCCCUGUUCACCGAGAAAGGCAGUGCACUACCAUGAGUAUAGGCAGCUGACCAUGCAUGCGAAGUGCGUGAUCGAGGAUAAUGAUGAGACUGGGAUUCGUCCAAAUAAGACAUUCCUUGCUUUGUCAAAUGGGGCUGGUGGCCCCUCUAACUUGGGAUUCUCAGAGAAGGAUUUAAGAAACUAUAUAACAGCAAGGCUCCGCAAUAGCAACGUGAAUGCCGAUGUCAGGGAGAUGAUGAGCUACUUCAUGAGAAUGAAGGACAUCAAUCCGAACUUCUUUUACGCGGUGAAGUUGGACGAGGAGUGUAAAUUUAAGAGUGCAGUAUGGGUUGAUGCAAGGUGUAGGGCGUCGUAUGAAUACUAUGGAGACGUCGUGUCAGUUGAUAGCACGUACAGUACAAAUAGGCAUGGAUUACCGUUUGUGUCGUUCGUUGGGGUCAACCACCAUGGUAAGUCGACCCUCCUUGGUUGUGCUUUGUUGGGGAAUGAAGAAAUCGGAAGUUAUGAGUGGGUUUUUAGCCAAUGGGUGAAGUGCAUGGGAACUGCUCCAAAGAAUUUGUAUGAUGACCGACGCAUGUGGGUCCCAAUAUAUUUCAAGGGUGAAUUUUGGGCAUCAAUGCGGAGUACGCAAAGGAGUGAGAGCAUGCACGCAUUCUACGGUGGAUACUUAUCCAGUAAAACUAGCUUAGUUCAAUUUGUUCAUGAAUAUGACAAUGUGCUUGGAGUCAAGGAGCAGAGGGAACUGGAGGAUGAUGCUGCAGACUCGAGGGGGGUCAUCCCUUGUGCAACGACCUCGCCUAUGGAGAAACAGUUUCAACUAGAGUAUACCACGAGCAUUUUUAGGGAUGUUCAGAUUGAGUUUGUGAAGAAGGCUAACUGCAGAGUUUCUGCAAUUGAUGAACAGGGUCCAUUGGUCUGCGUGAAGGUGGAAGAGGAGAAACUAGUCAACGAUACUAUUCUAUGCGUUCCGUACGAUGUUCACUUUGACCGUUCCACACAGGAGCUUCGUUGUGAGUGUAAUCUCUUUGAGAGUUCAGGUGUGUUGUGCUGUCACUGCCUUGAAGUGUUCCAUUCGUAUAAAGUGUACAAAGUACCUUCUUGUUAUGUUCUUCCUCGAUGGAGCAAGAAGAUAAAGCGCAAGCAUACAUAUGUCAAAAGUAGCCAUGAUGUCAGUCGGUCGGAUGAGAGUCAUGUUGCAUUCAGGGGACUGUGUGCACACUUCUACAAUGUUGCCCAAGAGUUUGUAGGUGACGAUGAAGAAACAGCAUUGCUGCAUGUUGCUUUGGAAGAAACAAGGGCCAAGUUGGCUGCGCACCGUGCCAAAAAGAGGUCCGAGAGCGUGGCAGAGACUCAGACCAACAUUGGCUCACAGAGUUCGAACGAUGUCAGUGUUGAUGACAUCCAAGGCCCAUCGAAGGUCACCACAAAGGGCAGGCCAAAGAGUAAGAGGCUCGGCUCUGCCCUUGAGAAGUCCAUCAAGAAUUCAAGACGGAGAAAACAAAAGAAUUUACCCCCGGUGGUUCGUCCGCACACACUUGAAGAUACAAACCAUUGUGCUGUUUCUGGCCUGAAUGGUCCCGAACAAGCCGGUGGUUUCCUGUCUUUGUUAAGCUCCUUCAACAAAAAGUGGGAUUAG